AUGUAUGUUAUUGUUGCCACAUCAAAGAAUUAUCUUCGUACUAAAGAGUUAUUGUCUGACUCGUUUUAACACAUGUCGAAAGACAUAUUUAUUACUCUUUUACAAGCUAAAAGCUCAAGUAGAGCGAUCUAUGGGCUUCUUGCAGUUUACCAACACGACAAUGGCCGAAUUGUCCGUAUAGGAUAUUUUUUAUUGGCCCGUACGUCCCAACCUGCCAUGUCUUUGGUUUUAAAAAUGGCGUAUACAAGCUUUUUGUUUGCCGGUGUACGCUGUUGAAUACUUUCCAAGACCUCGCGUGUACUCAGACAAGACCUAAACGUCGUGAAUAUGAAAUUAAAGUACAUGUGUAGAUAUGUCAGCGUCGAAAAACAGUAGAUAAUGGAGAGUUCAGAAGAUGAUGCGGGCACAGCGACGAACGCUUCCCGCCGUGCAUCGGCGCGGGAAAAGGACGUCGGACUGGCCGAGGACGUCAAUGCAACUAGUAGUUUCCACCAGGAACCAUCCGAAGCGCGUCCGACGUGUGAAACUCCCGCGAUGUCGGAGGAUAAUUUCGACGGCGACAGCGUUCCGUCGCCGUCGACGCAGGAUGUCAACACGAGCACCGAGGCGAUUUUGGAUAUGAUUGAUGAAAUCGUCGAUGGCCCAGGCGCUCCGAAGCGGUUACCACUGUCUGCCGAUGAUGUUAAUAUGCAAUUUGAUGAGCUCGAAAUCAUUAGUGCACACUCAAAUAAUACACAAGAAUCUACUAAGAGUGAUAGUGACAACAUCUCGCCGCUGCCUGUGGAAGCAUCGCCAGCAGAAAGUGUCAAAAGUGAACCAGUACUUCCUGUAGGCAUUGAUUCACAAGCAGAAUCUUCAAUUACCAGUGAUAUUUCAGCAGGCAAUGUAAAUACGGAUAGUGUCGAUUCAGCACCUGAGAGCUCUUCUCUGGCUGAGGGUGGUGAACCUGAGGUGUCUAUACAGCCAGAAGAUAGUGCACUAUCUAGUGUGGUACCUGAAAGUCCUGCUAUAUGCCCUCUACCCAUUCCUUCCAGCAGUGAAGAACAGACUGUGCAAAACAUUUCAGUUGUCAGUGAGUGUGAAUCGCAGGAACGAACAGUUAAGUGUGUGACGUCCAGUGAUAGCAGGGACAAUGUGACUGUUGAAAGUGCAGAGUCUACAUCUAGUGAUAGUAGUGUUAGUGAAGGUAAAGCUGUGCUUGUGGAGCCACAGGUGCGGUCACCAUUAAGACGGAGGCUCGUACGGCCAGCUCCAAGUGACAGGCGACCUGACUCUACCGUGUCCUCAACCGUUGAUUCUCAAAUUGUUAAUAUACCUGUUGUGGAAGAGACAGGAAGUGAAAGUAUCACCAAGGAUGUGACUAGUUCGUCUGAUGCCGUGCCCACAAUACAUGGUAAUGUAAAACCAGAAGAGAUUAGAAAUGUAAGUGAAAUUAACUUCUGCAAAGCAGAAACAUCAGUGAGUCCUCCUAAAAAAAUUAAGCUUAUUAGACAAAAAGUAAAUACUGGUACUAGUAAUAGAAAUACUUCUGUUGAUAAAAUAGCCAUUUCAUCAGAAAAAGAUCAGUGUCAAUCAACUUCAUCUGAGAGUCAUUCAUUACCAUUACCUGAGACUAUGACAGAAUCUUCAAAUACUGAUAGUAAUUCAAAAUCUCAAGAAAACAAUGAAUCAACAAUAUCUGUUAGUAACUGUGUAACUGAAAAGCCAGUAAAGAGUCCUGAACAAGCUGUAUGCUCUGAUCAACAUUCCCAGCCUAGUAUAGAACAAUGUCACUUGCCCAAAAUAGAUAACAGUGAAAAGCAGUUAAACAAUGAACAAGAAUUACCUGUACAGUCAAGCUCAUGUCAGCCAGCCUCGUUAAUACCAGAAGCCAAUGCAAGUAGUGGUAUUAUAGCACAAAAAACUAGUAAUUUGCUUGCACCAAGCACAGCAGAACCAAUUGAUACACAAUUGAAUGUUUUAGAGCAAGAUUCUGCAAGUAAUAUUGUUGAUGAUAAACAAGAGGUCACCAAAGAUCCUGAAAGUAAUAAAACUGUUCAGAUACCUUCUGAAGUAACUGUAACUGAACCAAGAAUAAGUCCAGAGAGCUCACAAAUAUCCUUACCAGAUAGUUGUAAGCAAGAUAACAGUAACUUACCAGAAAGUGCUGAUCAAAAUAAUGUUCUGCGAAUUGAAUCAAAUUUGUCUACAACAAAUGUCCCUGAAUCUAAAGUAGUAGAGCCAAGUAGUAUUGCUGCAGCAAUUGAGCUAGACCCUAUGACUAAUCUGCCUGAAUCUCAAAAAGAGGUAGAACAGGACAGUGUGGUUUUGCCAAUUGAACCAAACUCCCUUAAAAGUUUGCCAGAAUCGAAUGAAGCAGAACAGGAUCAUGCAGAUAUACCAUGUAGACAAAACUUGGAUGUGUCAAAUUUGCCGGAAUCAAAUUUACAAGCAGAACAGAGUAAAAUGGAAGAAAACUUGUCAUCAACUAAUUUGCCUAAAACUAUGGCAGAUCCAUUUGAAUCAAGCUUGUCAUCAACAACUUUGCCUCAAUCAAAAGGGGAAGAGACGGAACAGAGCACUGUGGCUUUGUUACCUGAAGAAAACUUAUCUGUUUCUAACUUGCUUGAAUCUAAAACGGAUACAGACGAGAGUACCAUAAAUCUACAACAUGAGUCUGAAUCUUCAGACACAACAGAGCAGAGCAAUGUUGUUUUACCAAGUAAACAAACACUGGCUGUGUCAAAUUUGCCUGAAUCUACAGAAGUGCUAGAGCAAAGUAGUGUGGUUUCGCCAUGUACAGAAACACAUGAUUUAUCUAAUUUGACUGAGUCUACAGAAGUAGCUGAACAAAGUGCUGUGGUUGCACCAUGUGAACUAAUACAAGUUGCAUCAAGUUUACCUAAAUCUCCAGAAAUAGUGGAGCAAAGUAGUGCAGUUUCACCAUGUAAACAAAUACAGAUUGUAUCAAAUUUGCCUGAAUCUACAGAAGCAGGAGAGCAAAGUAAUGUGGUUUCACUUUGUGAACAAACACAUGUUGCAACAAAUUUGCUUAAAUCUGCAGAAAUAGAGGAGCAAAGCAAUGUGAUUACGCCGUGUGAACUAAACCUAGCUACAUCAAAUUUGCCUGAUAGAAUGCCAGAAGUAGAAGCAGAGCAGAGUGGUAUAGUUCCACCGAUUAAAUUAAACUUGUCAAUAUCAAAUCUGCCUGAAUCAAAAGUGGAAGCAGAGCAAAGCAGUAUUAGUAAAAACGUAAAUAAUGAUGAAUCUGAAGCCACUAAGCAGGUCCCAAAACUAACAAUUAAAUUAAAACAGAUGGAUGAAAUGAAGUCUCCAGUACCCAAACUCACAAUCAAACCAAUAAAGCCACCCACAGACCAUGAGGCAGAUGAUAAAAUACCUUCUGUAACUAAAAUAAAUAUUAAACCAAUUCUGAAGCCACCUGAGAAUGAGAGACCUUUAAGAUCACAAGGGCUAGAUGGAAAUGUCAAAUCAAAUGCAAGUGAACAGUUACCAUGCAUCACAAAGUUGAAUAUAAAACCAAUUCCUAAACCUCCAGAAAAAAUUAAUGAUAUUCACAGGAAGUCCAGUAGUAGUGAGAUAUCAGAAUCAGAAUAUUCUGAAAAUGAUGAAAGCACUAGUACUUCAGACCAAGCAUCUGCGUCAGAUCAAGGAUCUUCAGAUAUUGUUCCCAAAGUUACUAUAAAACUUGGAAAACCUGGCACAGAUUGUGAGGGUAAGUUUUACACUGAAAAAAAUGCCCCAAAACUUACCAUAAAGGCCAUCCAACCAGAUGAAAGGGAUGAACCAGAAUCUAAACUAAAAUUAAUAAUUAGUCAAUCUGAAGAUACACCACCUGAGAAAAUUCCUAAGCUUACCAUAAAAACAGUAUCAAAAUCAGAGAGUCAACCACUUAGUCCAAAGUUGACUAUUAAACCAAUAAAACCCCCAGAAACAUCCAGUAAAGAAAAUGAAGUUUCCAAAACGAAAACACCCACUGAAUCCUUUUCUACAGAUCCUAGAGAAGGCCACCAUGUGCCUAAGAUUACUAUCAAACCUGUAACAAGAUCGUCCACAAUGUGUGACAGUCCGGAACAUAUCCCUGUAGUAACAAAAUUAAACAUUAAACCUAUUUUGAAACCUACUGAGAUAUCAGAGUCCUCUGAGGGCUUUGAUGAUAAAGUUCCUGUAGUUUCAAAAUUAAAUAUAAAGCCUGUAAUAAAGCCUAAAGAUAAUGAUGUAGAUUCUAGUUUAGAUGAUGUACCUAAAAUUACUAAAUUAAACAUUAAACCGAUAAAAAAUCCAGAAGAGAAUACUUCGGAAGAAAAAGACUGUGAUGAAUUGAAUGCUGACAUUGAUAAGAAUUGUAUACCUGUUGUUACUAAAAUUAAUAUUAAGCCUAUUAUUAAGCCUCAAGAGGAAGAAACAUUAAAAGAUUCAGAAAAUCAAUCAUCAGAAACUGGAAACUCAAGUGAUGAUAAUGGGGAUCACAUACCUGUAGUUACCAAAAUAAACAUCAAACCCAUCAUUAAACCAGAUGACUUAGAGGAGUCAUCUAAAUCUGUUUCAUCAAGUGAGCUGAGCAUUCCUGUUGUGACAAAAUUAAAUAUUAAACCACUGAUUAAGCCAGGUGAAAGUAUAUCACCUUCAUCACCUAAAAAAGACCAUUUAAAAACUGAUAGUCACAGUCCAAAUAUACCAAUUGUCACAAAGCUAAACAUUAAACCUGUUGUCAGGCCAGAUGACACUGAUUUAUCAACAUCAAAGAAUGAAGUUGAAGAAAAGUUGGUUAAAAAUCCUCCUUUGGUAAUGAAAAUUAAUAUGAAGGCAGUUACUGAAAACUAUAAUAAUGAGAACUUACAUAAUGAACAUGUAUGUAACAAUGUCAGUGAAGGGUUAUUAUCUAUAGCUCCAAAAAUUAUGAAGGCAGCUAAUGAAUUGCAGACAAAAUGUGAAAGUACUCCUGAUGAUAGGAACCUUAAAAGAAGCGAAGUGUCAACAAAUGAUAGUUCAAAUCCUGUCAUUGAACAUUCUUCUGCUUCUGAGAAGCCUAAACAAAACUGUGUACCUGAACCUAAUCAAAAGAGAGAAGGAAGUGUAGAGAGAUCAUCUGUUAUUAAGAAACCCAAUUUGAACACUUUGGUAAAGGAUAAACCAUUGUCUAUAAGUAUAGCUGAGUGUGAUUCUAUGAUGCCAGGAUCUUUAUCAAAUGACACUAAAAUAGAAAGGCAGGUAAAUGAAAGUCAUACCAGCCUAGAACACAAGAAUAUAGCAGAGUCAACCAUGAUGCAAAUUGUUGGUAGACAAAAGUAUUCAUCAGUACAAAAUUGUACCUUAUUGAAGAAACUGUUAGAAAAUAAAAGUGAUAGCUUAGAUAAAUCAUUUGAAGUUUCUUCAAUUACAAAUUGUGGCCUGCCAUUAGAUAGAAAUGAUGCUAUAAGUAAAGGUAUUGGGAAUAAGGAUACUCUGCAGGAAUCCGAAAAUACAAGUAAAGAUAAGCUCAGUUCCGGAAAUAUUGAUAAAGUCGAAAGAAGGAGUCCCAGUGUGGCUAAAGUAAAUGAUUCAAACAAAUUUGAGCAUAGUAAAUCACAUACCAUACAGCAGAUUGCUGAUAAAACAAUUGAAAAUAUGACAAAACCCUUAGAAAUAACUAUAUCUGACAAGAUAAGUAAUCAGAGCUCUGGCCAAGAUUCCCCAAGAAUAAUAUUAAAAAUAAACAAGACUGAUCAUGGUCCAUCUGCAAAAAUUAUCACAGAAGAAGUGAAGAGGCCAGAAACACAACAGAAUUAUACUGAAAAUACUCAAGAUAUUGUAAAUGAUAAGCAAAGUCCAAGAAAGCAUCUAGCUAAUAGCAGAAGAAAGCAAGUAACUGACACAUCUUUAAAUUUAUCAACAGGAAAAAGACUACGAAGCUCACGGAUAGUUGAAAAUACAGAAAAGUCCCCCCCGGGAAAGCGAAAUAUCGCCAAGAGGUCAACUACUGAUACUAGCCCCCCUCAAAAUAAGGAAUCUGAACUUUCAUUAUUACAAACUAAAAGAUUAAAAUUGGGACAACUGUUGUCCAAUAAAUCUUUAACUAUAACUCCUGUUACAAAAACUUCACCACCCUCACCAACUAAAACUACUUUAGAAAUGAAACAAGGAGUAAAAUCCGUCAACCAUACUCUCCUUAACAAUGAAAAUUGUUCUAAAAAUGGUAACUCUAAAUUACAUAAUAUUUUAUCUAAUUUACAAGCCAAACAAAUGCAGUUCAAUAACACAAACUGUUCUGAAAAAGCUCAAACUGUGGCUAGUGACAUAGACUUAAAUGCCUCAAUGAGUAGUUCAGACACUGGUGAAAAUACUCAUGUAGAAAACUCGCGCCCGGAAGUUCAGGAGAUGAUUAUUGCAGAAAAUACAGAUUUUCGGGAAUUUGGUGCAACUCCGGAAGAAGUGUCUCAAGAUCCACUGGAGGUAGAUAGUUUAAAAUCCACGGAAGAACCUCCCGAAAUUGUAGACAUUCCUAAACCAGUUGAAUUAACGCCUCAGCCUAAGAAACGUGGACGACCGCGAAAAUUGCCCGUAUCAGAAGGAGCGAAGCCAGCUGCCGUCACGUUACCCGUGCCAGCCCUGGAGGAGCGACCGCAGCGGUCGCUUCGGCUUAUGAGGGACAGACCAACAAUACUAUCAAAACCACGAGGACGAGGACGGGGCCGAGGAGGGCGACGCUCAGAAGCAACGCCAUCUGCGGAGCUCGAAACUGUCGUAGUUAUUGAACCCGCGGAACCAGAAGAGCGGCCAGUUUCUGGCGAGAUCGACCCCACUAGUUCGAGAAUCAAGCUACCUCGUAUGACGGAAGCUCUCGACAAAAUGCCUUCUACGUGCAACACGCCUUUGUCGAGUAGGAGAAGAAAUUCUUCGGGAAAUUUCUCGGCAGGAGACACGCCGGAAAAAGCGGUGCUUGAUAACUCAAAAUUAGAUGAAUUUGGCAAAUCGCCAGAGCCACCUGGAUCGGGAAGAGGUCGAGGGAGUCGCGGCGGGCGCGGGGGCAGAGGACGAACACCACGCGGCCGCGGCCGGGGGCGGGGCGGCGGGCGUGGCGCUAUGUACAUGAAGGAAACUAUGGGUAUCUACGGUCGAGUAUGCGGGCCGGCUACAACGACAGUGCAGCUCUUCGAAGAGGAGACAUGCAUGAUGGACGACAAUGCAACGCCUGCUAAACCGUCGCACCUUCUUGACGAAGACUCGCAAAGUUCCGUCAAGAGUUCGACAAACGAGAGUAGCAACAAACUGAAAAAAUCAAAAUUCGCCGAUUUGUUUGACAGUAAUAAAGUAUGGACGGCUGCGGAUGUGAAAGAAUAUACGUGGCCGCCACCCGAUAAGGCUGAUGUUGAACAUAAGGUGAUGAUGAUACAGGAGCAAGUUGCGAUGUUUUUAGGCGUAAAAAGUUUUAAACGACGUUACCCUGAAUUAAAUCGACGGACAAUCUCUGGUGAUGAAAGAGAUUAUGUACUCAGCAAAGGUCUAGUGACCGAAGCACUAUGUGAUCUCGGUAUCACCGCGGUUGAUGCCAGUGAUGUACUAGACAUCAUGUUAUCAGACUAUCCUCACAAGUACGAAGAGUUUCGGUCGCAUCAGCGUCAGAGACAGCUGACCGAAGCCGAAGAGGAACCUGUUGAGGAGACCAAAGUUGAAGAGAAGGUGGUCAAGGUCGAGAUGAAACCGGAGAAACCGGCCGAAACAAAACCUGAACCACCGAAAGUUGAUCCCGAAAAGACGAGACAGGACAUGGCGGCGGCGGCCAUAGCGUCAGCGAGCGAGUGGAACGCGCGCGCCAACGCGGCGCGGCGCGGCGCGUGCGCGGACCUGCAGUCGCUCACGGUGCAGCGCGCGCGCGCCCCGCCGCCGCCGCCGCGCCGCGCGCACCUGCGCCCGCCCGCCGGCUUCUACCCGCACGCGCUGCUGCCCGGCCAGUACCAGCACUCCUACCGCGUCUACACGCCCGACCAGCUCAGGUACUUCCCUCUGAACACGGUGUUGGCGGGCCCGCCGGCGCCGGCGAGCGAGGACUGGAGCUCGGAGUCGGAGCCCGACUGGGGCUCGCGCUGCUCCUCCUCCGACGACUCCGACGCGCCCACGCAUCACAACGCCAAGCGCAAGAAGCUAACCAAGACGAAGCGUAGCAGUCAAGCGGAAGCGUCUGUCAGGGUGAAGGAAGAGCCAGUUGUGGAGGAGGUGGACCUGUGCCGCGUGUGUAAGCUGCGGCUCGAAGCCAACCGCCGCUACACGCACGAGAGGUUCCUAGUCUGCGCGAACUGCAACGCUAAGCUGCACCCGUCCUGCCUGGAGCUGAGCGCGGACACGAUCCGCAAGUGCCGCGAGUACCCGUGGCAGUGCGCCGAGUGCAAGACCUGCUGCUCGUGUCGCCAGCCCGCCGACGACGACAAGAUGCUGUUCUGUGACCUCUGCGACCGCGGCUUCCACAUCUACUGCGUCGGCCUCGAUACUGUGCCCAGCGGUCGCUGGCACUGCGUGGAGUGCGCGGUGUGCAAGUCGUGCGGCGCGCGGUCGCCGGGCGGGCCGCCGGGCGCCGCCGCCGCCGCCGCCGCGCCCGCCGACUGGCACCACCAGACGCGGCGCGGCCCGGGCGGACACAAGGUCUACUCGCACUCGCUCUGCACGCCCUGCGCCAGGGCGUAUCGCAUCGGUCGCUACUGCCCGCUCUGCGAGCGCUCCUUCAUCGGUCCGAAGGGGACCAUGCAGCUCGUCAUAUGUAAGCUCUGCGAUAGGCAACUGCAUCAAGAGUGCGUUAGGCAGUCGGGGCGCUCGCUGUCGGUGCUGGACUACACGUGCGCGGAGUGCCGGCGCGGCGGCAUCACGUCGCGCGCGGCGGCCGUGCGCCUGGCGCCGCGCACCAUCGCCACGCUGUUCAUGGCCAAGCGCCGCUUCAACAAGUACGCGCACCGCCAGUACAUGGAGUCGCGCCUGCGCGAGGCCGAGCCGCCGCUGCUGCUGCUGGCGCCGCAGCCCUCGGACGACGAGCGCGACGACCCCGACGCCGCCUCCGACCCGCUCGACGCCGACGGCCCGCCCGAACAUACGUCUAGCUGUUCUUAGUUCAUAUGUUACUCUUAUUCGCUUCGGUACUACGGUUGUAAGGUAAACUGUUACAUAAAUCUGAUUAAUAUAACGAUUAACCGGUAGGCUAUGUACGUGUAAGUUGUCGGAUAGUGAAGAGAUACUAGUGUAUGUCUCUUUGUGUUAUCGCUGCGUUUUGUUUUCUGUGCGCUGGGAUGUUUGCGAAUAUGAUCGACGGAGAAGAAUCGGCGCAGACGAAAUAUUAUGUAUAUUAUUAUCAUAUCCCUAGAGGGAGUUAGACGGUUUGAUUUAACAGACGAUAAAGAUCAUAAAAGUGGUUAGAUAGAUAGCUGUAGAUCGCAGGACACUAACAUAUAAACUGUACAGUAAUUUAAUACUAACUUCACUAUAUGGGUAGCUGGGCAAUCAUACUAUUUUUAAUAUCAUAGAUUUGAUUUAAAGUAUCCAAGACAAAUCAUGUAUUGUAUUGUGUAUUCGUCCACAAUUGGUUAUGUUAAAAGUGAUUAGAAUAUGAGAGAUUGUGUAGUUGUGCUGUUAUACUUUAUGAGAGAAUGAUGUUUUUUUUAUUGUGUGUACACAUGUUCAUUUCUGUGUGUGAACUCUAUAUUAGAAUUGAGCAGACAUGGUAUCUUUUGUCAUUUACGAAUUAAUUAGUUUUCAACAAUAAAAAUAAUAAUAAAUGCAUACAAUAGAAAUCUGCCUUUUAAUGCAUUUUAAAGUUUUGUUUCAAAAUUAUUAUUUUUGUCACACUGUUUACUAAUCGUGCAUACGACAAGAAGACAGAUUGCAUUUUGUUUUAUUUUUGGAUAUAGUAUAAUUUUUAGAUUAUCGUUAAUUUCGCUUUAUAAGGUAUUUAUUUUAGUCGUACUUUUAUAUGGAUACAGCUGUAUACAAUCUUAUGUCCCAGAUAAUAUUCGAGGAGGAUUGUUACAUGAACGAAGGGAAUUAUUAAUUCAUUAGGUUCAGAUUAUGAUAGACUGUUGCCUUAAAUGAAUUUUAUUUAUGAAUCGAUUGGAUAUGAUUUAAGAAAUGUUUCCCCCUAUACGCACUUUAUGAAAGUUGUUGAUUAAUACACUAUUUAGAUUAUUUUAUAAGAUUUUAUCGUUUCUGUAGUUUUAUUUGUACGAAUGAAAUUCAGCAGCUCUUCUUUCAAGUGACAAUUGAUAGUUUUCCUUACUUAAUUUCAAAGUACAAAACACAUAGGCUACCUUUAUGUUUUAUUUACUUGCACUCGUUCUGGAAGGCAAUAUGAACCCAAUGAAUAAAUAUAGAUUUAUACAAAGAUCAAAUAAAUUAUUUAACUCAGAGUAUAGUAUGUUUAUUUUUCAUUAUGAGAAAAUUAUUUAUUUAUUACUAUGGUGUUACAAAGAUAGUAUUAAAUAUAGCUGAAUUGGGUGGUAUUCAUUUCCAGGGCGACGCCGGAAAUGAUUGGUUGGACGUGCCUACACGCAGGCAUCGUAUUCGUUUUCGGUAUACGUAACAUUCGAUUCAACAAGUGUAUGCAUUUGCUGUACUUACGAUAUAAUCUCUGCGCGCUAUCGUCUCUUAACCACUGCUGUGUGCAAUUAUCCCCAUAAUGUUGUGUAUUAUAACUUGUAUUAGAAUUAUAUUGUGUAAGUGCAGGUGACGACCUUAGUAACUUCAUUGAAUACUGACACUAAUGUAUCAAUGUUUUAGUUUAUAAUUAUGCUUUGGUUAAUAUUAAUCAUAAUUUACUUAUUAGUGAUGACUUUUAAGAUUAAAUUGAUGUCCUCGAAAUCAUGAUAUAAAACCUUUUAUACAAUAUACACAACUGAUCCUGGUGUGAGUGACACCGUAAUUCGCAUUGCUUUAUCGACACAGGUGAAUUUGUAAGACUUACUUGUAAGAGAAUAAUGAUAACUUUAUGUCUACUUAAGCCAAGUGUAAACGUUCUAGAAAUCUCGCACUGUUCGGUCAAUUUUGUAAAAAAAGAUAAAUUAAAUUUUAAUUUGAA